AUCCCGGGGACACACCGAGCCUCAUCCCUGCUCCCGCGGAUCCCGGGAACCCUGGGCUACGGGAUGGACACGACCAUCGCCCACCUCCUGGCAGGAGCGGCGGUCUGCGGCAGCGAUUUCAGCACUUUGCAAAAAGCUUAUGACUUAAUAAAAGUAGCCACUGAAGAGAAACCAACACUGGCUGGAGUACAAACUGUUAGCCCGGAUUUAUAUGUGCUUUGUGCAGAACUUGCACUACAGUUUGAGCAACGCGACAUUAGCCAGGAUUGCUUGAGUAUGUACUUCAAGGGAACACUCCCUCACAAUCAGUUUUUGGGUAGAGCAUAUCUUUGCCAAGCUGAACUGUAUGCUCCAAAGUCUUCUGCGCAUGUAUCUGAUCUAAAAAAAGCUAUACGCUGCAUCCUCACGACUAUAUCAUAUGCAAAAGAUGAAGCAAGAUACCACUUCUUGGUUUAUAAUGCAUCAGUUCUGUACUGGAGGAUGGUAAGACCAUUUAUAAAACCUGGUUUCUGUGACCAUGUGGUCGUAAGCCUCCAUGAAGUUAUAAAAGGAUUGCAGGCUGUUAAAGAUUUGGACUAUGAAUGGACGGCUGAAUUAAGGAUUGCUCUCGUUGAAUGUUAUUUGGACGCUAGAAUGAUCAAGGAUGCGACAAUGUUUGCCUACAGUACAGCGGAAUAUAUUCAAAAUCAUGUUCCACACAUGUAUAAGAAGAUAUUUUCUAUACAGGUGUAUCAUAAGCUUGUGGAUUAUGUGAAAGUGUCGAAAGAGAUCAAAGGCUCCACCAAAUUGACAGCCAUUUACAGAAUUCAGAGAUUGAAAUCUCAACUUGAAGCCAAAGAAACUCCAAAGGACCUCUCAGCUCAGUUAAAUCAUAUCUAUCAACUUUUAGCCUCUACUAAAACAACAAGUACAUUGGCAAGUUCAGAUCGGGCAACUGGACUACAAUCCCCUGCAAAAUCUGCACAGCUGCCCGAGAGUGAAAGGCUUUCUUUGCUAUUGGAUGUAACCCACCUCGCCUUAGAGGCAAAGGAUACUGAACUGGCAUCAAACUGUGUUAAUGAUCUCCUGAAAGCGGAGCGAAUUGAUAAAGGAACAGCAAUGGAAGUUGAAUGUGUGGAAUCAGAACUCUCAGUACUGAAACUUGGAGCUAAGUCAGAGAAAUGCACCAAAGGCUUUGUAAAACAUUGCUUGAGAGUAAUUCAACGAAUAGAUGAAGUUCUGCAGAAUGCUGUACGUGCAAAGAACUGGAAUCUAGUCCAGGUUGUGUGUAUAACGCAGUGGAAACUUUGCCUACCGUUGCUUCAACCCAAUUUGCGCAAAAAUAUUUCUAAACAACUGAACAAUGUGGCUUCAGUUCUCAGUGAUCUUGACAGUUCUUUGACCCAGCUCCGCUGUCAAGUUCAUAUAGAAAUAGCUCAGAUUGAAGAAGAUGAGGAACGGAUAGAAGUUGCCAUGGAGCAUCUUAAAAAAGCUUAUUCUCUCUGUAACCAAGGACAGUAUGAAAAAUAUAUUACCAAUGAACUGCACCGUUUGCAAGUAUAUUCAGGAGUUUAUGACUCUCCUAAAGAGCUAGAAGAUCAAGUGUUCAAGAUGAUUGAACAGGUCCGAAGAAAUAGCAACUUGCAACACAGUCGAUCGUUACUGAUUAAGGCUGGACUGGCUUUGGCUUCUGAUGUUUUCCAACUGGUGCUAGAUGGUGAAAACGAGGCUAAAGUAUUUGUUGCCCAGGGUAACACAGGCUUCAUUGGGCUACUCGCUGCCAAGGCUCAGAAUUACUUAAACUCUGUGCAACAAACACAUGGAUAUUUGGAACGACUUGAAAAUGUAAAUGAUAAAUUGAGGGUGAAAAUUUGGGCUGAUCUCGCUAAAGUUGCACGAAAGCAAGAAGUUUGGGAUGUCUGUCGUACAGCUUGUCACUUUUGCCUAUUGUAUGAUGAUGGACGAUGGAAAAUGGAAAGAUUGUCUGUUGAAGAACCUGCAAAACUAAAGUCAAGUGUCUCAGAGGGAAUUGUUAAUAAAUCAGAUGGAAGUUUUACCAGAUCAGAGGGAAGUAUUGAUGGAAGUACAUCUUUACCAAUACAGUCCCCACACAAAGUAGGCCAUUCUUCAGCCUCUUUAAUCAGAAUCAUUGCUGAAGUAUGUUUCAUUAAUGCAGAGGCAACCAUUCAGUUGUUAAAAUCACAAGAUGUUCAGUAUAACAACCAUGCAGUUUUCCCAGAAGAAAAACAGAAGGAACUUCAGGAAUUUGGAGUCAAAACUCUGGAGAAUGUUCCAGAAUGGAUAACUUACAGUAAUUGGAUAGAUUCUCUGUCAUCUUAUGCAACCAAGAAUUUUUUGCGAGCUGCAGAACUGGGCAUGCAGAUAGGUGAUGCAUCCAUUGUGUGCAAUGCAGCUAUCUAUAUAUGGAACCAUAACAACCACCUGCUUGUUGCUGGAAGAUAUAAGGAGCUUGUUGAAACAUUUCGAACACUACUUGAUGCAUUAAAGCAGACAGGACAUUCUGGGGAAACCAUCUUUUUGGUCAUGCUGUGUAACAGCUUAUGUCAGGGCUUGAUUCAACCUUGGAUACCAAGCCCUAUACCGACUGAAAAAAGAGAAGUUACAAAGAGUUCCAUUGCUGCUAACAUCAAAAAGUCAUCAACAAAGAAAGCUGAAAAACCGAGUGUUUCACAGACUGUAACUGUUGAUCCUGAAGGUAUUCCUCAAAUAACUGAGGCUCUCCAGAUCUGUGAAUAUGUGUUGAAUGCUACAAAUGGAAAUGAACCCUCUGAUGUUGUUCCCAUUUCUGUGAGACAUCAGAUUGUUGUUACAUGGGUCAAAGUUAAACAGCUUCUUCAGCAACAGAUCUGGCCAAGUCUGGUAACAGAUGAUGAGCAGAGUAAUGAUAGCCAGGCUCCAAUGAUCCAGGCUCUUAUUGCUCUGGAGAUGUACUCUUGUAACAACAGCAACCUGAUGAAAUUUACUGUUCCCAGUCUUCCAGAGUUGGAGAAGCAAAUCUUAGACUGUACCUGGUCUGAUCAACUAUUGGAGCUGGAAGUAUGGAUACGUUUGAUGCAACUUGCUAACCAGAAUAAUGAUGAUUCAUUACUAAUGCGAUGUGCCCAGAAAGCAUUUGAAUUGAAUAUAAAUACUGCUUCAAGCAUUGAUUCCAAGAUGCAUGAAAAGCGCAAUUACAAGGUUCAGCAAGAAUUGCUGAGUGUUGCUGCCUGUAUUAAAGGGCAGAGCUUGAUGAAGAAUGCAGCCGGAGACAGCGAAAUGCUUAUCUCUGCCAUUAGAACAUUUGAAUUGAGUGCAAGUUUUGGAGAAAAAGCUGGAAAUGUCAAGCUUGUAAUGAGUUCAGCAAAACACUUUUGGAAUUCUUGUCUAAGUUUGAUACCAUCUCCUCUUGAAAGAGCUGUGCUUGAAGAACCCGUUAAGUCUUUUCUAAAGGCUAUUCAAAAUACAUUUACCAAGAACAGAAAGCAGGAGGAAGAAAAAGAAGAAAUGAUUCCGAAUUCCAAAGUUAAACAACAAGCACUUCCUUUUGCGCAUGGCGCAUUAUCAACAUCUGUUGAUGAUUUUGAUGAUGAUCCGAAGUUAAUGGCAGCACUGUGCGGUCUUUUAUUCCAUAUUCAUAUGCAUAAAGGAGAUUGGAAAGCUGGACUGAAAGUGUUAGAUGAUGGCAUUAGGGUUAUGCCCAGGUGUAAACAAAGGCUGCUUCUUUUCAAACAUAGAAUUAUGGUGAAUACAAGACUUGGUCACGGUAUCAGCAUGGACAUGCAGAAAUUGAAGGAUGACAGUGAAGAAUAUGUAUCUUACAUGUGGCAUCGUGUGGCGGUUUUCUCGAAAGACAUUACAGAUCAGUUAACUUGUUACCAAAAUUCAAUAGAUGUUCUGAAGAAUCCAGAAAGUAACUGGCAGAAAAUCAACCAACUGAUUGCAUUUGGUGAAUGGCUAUAUUGCAAUGGAUUUUCUCAAAGCGAUGCUUACUGCCAGUUGGACUGGGCUGUGGAUUUACUUCUGAGCAUGAAACCGAGUUUAGAGAUUAAAGAGGAAGCAGAAGACCGCUUCGAAAAGGAGAAUCAAUCAAAAAAUGACGUCUUAGUUCCAACAAAGCGUCAACAGUUGAUUGGCGUACAAUAUAUUGGCACUAACCUGUCCUUAGAAAACUUACAAGACGUAAGGCAACUGGAAACGUUAGUGACUGCUCAAACAAUAAUGGCGAUAAUUGCAGGCCGUGAGUCAUGCAAGCAGCAUUGUUUAAUGGCGUAUGGUUAUGUUAUGUGCAUAUGGCAGGUAUCAUUGACAGCAGCAGAGACAAUUAUGAAAGAGUUAUCUAUGACUACUUCUACGAUCCGUACUGACACAGGAAUGAAGUCAAAUAAAUCAAAGGGCAAGAAAGAGACAAUGUUGGAUACACAAGAUAAGGGCAAAUUAAAAAUGUUGCCUGCAAUGAUGCCGACUAAUCCAGAGGAAUGGGCAAAUUUUGUAUGCCCCAGUGAAGUUCGAGAUGUGUUUAAGAAGAGCUCAAGUUGCAGCAUGAUCAACAAGAAAAGUUUCCUGAGACCUACUUACAGUUUAUUCUACCUGGAUUUAUUAGUGAAGGAGUUGCAAGGUAUAUCAUAUACCCACCUGACGUUGCCGAUUCUUCAGCUGGCACACUUAAUAGCCAAUGAUGUGUUGGAUAGCAAGAGUCUCUCUGACUUUUACCAUCUCAGGCUUGCCCAGAUAUGUUUGGAGCUGAAUCUAACGCAAGCUGCACAGUACCAUGAAAAGAUACCUGGAUCAGUAUUUAUCUAUGAGGCAGAACGAACUAAAUGUCGGCAAGAAGUCGCUCAUUUGAAAGAUCGCCGAUUACACAUUACAAAAGAAAAGCAAUUAAUUGAAACUGAAAACCUAGGCGAAACACUAAAAGGUUCAAACAAAGAACUGAAGAUGCAUAUUACAUCUCCAGUGAUGCAUCGCAAGAAAUUAAGUGGAGUUUCUGUGGUGGAUGUGUGGAUCAGUAAAGCAGAAGUCUUGCUGCAGCUUGCAUUUUACCAGCCUGCCAGAACUCUGUUAGCAGAGGCUCACAUGGUUGCAAAGGAGUUUGGAGACAAGGACAAUUUGGCAAAGGUCCUAUACCUUCUAGCUGUUCUAGCUAAUUGUGAAAAAAACCACGGUCAGGCUAAAUUGCUCUUGAAAGAAGCCGAAAAUAUUGGAGGAAAUGAAUAUUUCUGGUAUGACGCAAUUAUCUGUCUAAUAUGCGCAAUUCAGGGAGAAAAUCAUGAGGAUUCAAAGGAACAGGUUUGCAGCAUCUUAAAGCAGGGCAUUGAAAGAUUACAGUCUGUUUUGGAAGAAAAACCUCAUCGACAUGCAGUUCUUAAAUUUAUGAUUACUUCAAUGGAAGCCAAGUUGGAAUUAAUUGAAAUUGAAUCCAUGAAAGCAUUAGGCGAUCCUUAUUUAAAGAAACCAGAAAACUUGCAAAAGUUGUCAUCAGCUUGUGCUAAAAUGGAGAAGUUUGCAAAUGUUAUGCUGCAGUAUGGAUACAGAGAAGAAUCAGUAGAUGUAAUGAGAGAACAUACCGAGAUACUAAUGAUGCUCAGUAAAUACAGUGAGGAAGAGGAAAAGAAGCACCAUAAUCUAUUAAAUGCGUACUCACUGAUCAUGAAGGCCAUCUUGAUUGAAGAAGAAGCCUUCAGUGACCUGAUGAGCUUGUUGCCACUUAAAGCGAUGACUCAUUUAAGUUUGCCUCUGAUGAGGAAGCUGGCCUCUCUGAAGUUAACUUUUGUGCAGUUGUCUUUGAACAUGCUCCAUUUGGUUAUAAUGAAAGAUAAAAAAGAAGCUGAAGCAGCAAGACAGAAAGGACUGCUACAGCUCAUUGUCGAGGAAUUCAUUAGUUCCACACCGGAUUACACACCAGUGGAAAAGGAAUGGGUAACUGUAGCCAGGUCACUGGGACAAAAAGCUCUGGCUCAACUUGAGAGUGCACAUAACCUGAGCAAUGGCUCUGAAGAAAUUAGAUCCAAAUGUCUCUAUCUAACUGGCAGGUGCCUGCGGUUGUUAUCUGUACAAGUAGACCCAAUUAACCCAGGCUUCAAUUGGGUUCAACAAAUGCUGCAUGAUUUGGGGGAAAAUAAUGAUCUGCCAAAACCGGCCAAAUUUACAGAAGAGAAUGAAUUUGAAUCAAAGUCUCAGCAUGUAGAUUUGCAGCUCUCUGCUGAGGAAGAAAGUGAACAAGAGGAAUCAAAAUAUGAAAGUCCAGAUUUACAGCUUUCUACCUAUCAAAUAGAAAAAUGUGCUGCAAAGGCUGCACGUCUUAAGAAGGAACGAGCAAUAGCUCGGGUCUACUUGGCUCAUGCCAGUGAAGUUUUGAUCCAGUCCAUGAACCUGGCAUUAAACAACCAGCUUACUCAGAUUUUAGCAGCAGCCAGUCUUGACAUGGUUGAAUGUUUUGGCCAAUUUGAUCCAGUUUCAGCAACUCAGUACUUAGCACUACAUCAGAGCUGCACAGCUUCAAUGAUGAUGAAAGAUGUCUUGAUGAAAGCAGGAUUUGACACCAGCAGUUCCCAGCUUGCAGCACUUGCACAUCUUCAACAAAGACUGCAAGAAGAUGGAACCAUGAAAAAUAUGCUCAAGACAGUUAAUGAAAGACUUAAAACAAAAUUUAAGGCUUGGAAGAAUGUCACUGUUCAGCUGCAGCACCUUAGUUUCCUGAGUGAAUUUCCUUCUAACUUUAAUGUAUUUAUUCUUCAGCAUUCUGAAGACAGAUCCAUGCUAUAUGGAGCACUUCUUGAGAAACCAAAAUCAAGAAGCAUUGAGAAAAAGGGCAAAGGCAGUCAAAAUCCAAGUCCAACACAAGCUAAAAUUGUUCGUAGUUUUGUAAAUCAUGAAUUAUUUUCAAACAUAUUGGCCAGAGUCUCCAGUUAUAAGCAGAAGCUUGCACAGUACUUUGUAAAACUCGAAUACCAGCGUAAUUACAAGAUGCAAAAGCAGGACGAAUUUCAACAUUUUGAAAAAAACAUGAAUCUAGAUGUUAAAGGAAAAAGUAUUCAAGGAUUUGAACUCAGCCUCGAUGCAGAUUUCUCCAGUAUUAUUGAAACUAUGGAGGAUUACCUGAAUCCCGUUCUGUCACAGUUUGACCUUACAUUUUCUCCUCAACAGCCUUCCCCAGUAGCACCCGCGGAUUCAGCGAAAUCAAAAUCCAAAAAGAAAGAUGAAAAAUCAGUGGGUGAAAAGUCAACUCCAGGCCAUUCUCAAGAUUUAGGGGAAUUUAUAAUCAUCUUGGCUGACAAACUAUUGUUGGAACUGCCUUUGGAGGUUUUGAGUGUUUUGCAGGAGGAUGCAAUCACCUCAGUAUCAAGAGAUUUUUCAUUACAGUUGCUAUACAAUCGCCUACACAAAGAUGCAUCAGACACUGUACGCAAGGACACAAGAAGUCCGAAAGCAAAAGGAGAUCACAAGAAAGCCAUUAAAAUGGUACCAAUUAACCGUGUUGUGCCAUCGAGCUGUUUUCCAGUGGACACUCACAAUUUCAAAUAUAUUGUGGAUCCUUAUGAUGAAACUAAUGACUCAGGAGUGUUCAGUCCUGUGAAAGUAAUGACAGACAUUAUAGAAAAAUACUUUUUACAGUUCACAGCACACUGGGAUGGAAUCAUGGGUAUUGACUAUGUUCCAAGUCAUGCAAAUUGGGAAGAGAUGCUAAAAAGUUGCAGUGCGUUUGUCUUUUAUGGAACAGAGCGUUUUCUUGCAAAUGUAUUACCUUCAAAACUCAUUUCCAUGAAUCUUCCAGAAUGCCAGUUGAUGAUUAUUCUGGACCUGGCUCAAACAUGUCAAAGUUUUCGUCAUCAGUCCGUUCUGGACAGACCAAAGAGUGCAAUGCAGCUGUCAACAGAGAAACAAAUGGAUGCAGCAAUACUUCUAAGCCUGACUGGAGUUCGCUGCCUUAUGAUGAAUCAGUGGCAUAGUACACUUCAAAACAAUGCCAAAACAUUUAAUGAACUUGCAAAAAAUUUGUUAGAAGUUGGCAAGACAACUGGCCAAACAAUUCUUGAAAUAAUUAAAUCAGGAGCACAAAAUGAUUCCACAAAUGGUGAUGAAUUGCCUGAUAAGAAUCCAGAUGCUUUAGUGGAAGAUGAUUCCUUAACCAGACACUUUACCUUACAGACAAGCAACCAUCCAGAAGAAUUUCACAAUCAGCAAACUGCUUUUAAUUUCAUCCUAUAUGGACUACCAAAUCUAAUUGUCACCUAGUCCAUUGAAAGACACAAUAUUAAAUCUUCUAUUAUGCAGUUUUGCUAUCUUUUUGCUGUAAGCUGCUAGAAAUCAGUACACAGUUGAUCAAGAGUACUCUCUCGUUCAACCUCACCAGUCCAAAAUACUUUGGACCAAUAAUUUUUCAAUUUGAGUAUAGAAUGACAUUAGAAUGUCACGAGUGUGGAUCAGAAAGUGCAGUAAAUAGAAGUAUUUACCUGAUGUAUAAAACAAUGAUAAAAUAUU